AUGCAGGAGAUCAAUAAAGAGAAACAAAUAGUGUGUGUAACAGGUGCAGGAGGGUAUUUGGCAUCGUGGGUUGUGAAAUUCCUUCUCUCAAAGGGUUACGUCGUCCAUGGAACUGUCAGAGACCCCUGCGAUGAAAAGAAGAAUGCUCAUCUGAAGACGUUGGAAAAUGCUGCAGAGAAUCUGCAGCUCUUCAAGACGGACUUGCUGGAUUACGAAGGUCUGUUUGCUGCCAUUGCUGGAUGCACUGGGGUUUUCCACAUCGCCUCUCCAGUACCGAUUCACAGUACUGUGCUUAAUCCUGAGGUUGUACUGCUUGAACCAGCUAUAACUGGCUCUCGCAAUGUACUAAAUGCUUGUAUGAAGGCUAAAGUGAAAAAGGUUGUGGUUGUAUCGUCUAUUAGCGCUGUUGUGAUGAACCCUUAUUGGCCCAAGGAUCAGGCAAUGGAUGAAAAUUGUUGGACGGACACAGAAUAUUGCAAAUCAAUUGAGGUCACAAAUGAUAAGUGUAGAUUGGAGGGGGAUUUUCACGAGUCAACCAAGUUCUGGUAUCGCAUUGGGAAGACUAUAGCAGAGAGUGAGGCAUUGGAGUAUGCAAGGAGAGGUGAACUCAACCUCAUAACAGUUUGUCCAUCCAAUGCCAUCGGGCCAAUGCUGCAAUCUUCAAUUAAUGCUAGUAGCUUACUUCUUCUGGACUACAUGAAAGGUGAACGUGAUACAGUGGAAAAUAAAGAUCGUCCCAUGGUAGAUGUGCGUGAUGUUGCUGAGGCAAUCCUCCUGGCAUAUGAAAAUCCCAAGGCAGAAGGGAGAUAUAUAUGUUCAUCACACAAGAUUCGAACACAGCUUCUGGUUGAAAAGUUGAAGAACAUGUUUCCCGAGUACAAUUACCCCACGAAAUUUACUGAGGUAAAGGACGGUGUGAAGCUGAAUUCCCAGAAGUUGCAGAAUCUGGGAUGGAAGUAUAGGCCAUUGGAAGAGACUAUAAUUGAUGCUGUUAAGGAUUUCGAAGAGAGUGGUUUGUUAAAUAAACCAAUAUCAGAUGUAGCCAAGUAACUGUUUCUUCCUCUUCCUUUUGUUUUUACUGGGCAUAUUUAUAACUUAUGUUUCAAUGUUUAUGUACGCUGCUUAUACAAGUACUCCUAUUAAAUAAAUUGUACGCUGCAUAGAUUCUUUAUGCAGUGGGCAUCUCUAGCCUGUUAUGAAAAUGCU